GGGUUCGCAGACAUGCAGGUUCGCGAUGGCUUGAAAUCUAGUGAACCAGUCUACUUUGAGUCUUUGACAAAUCUCUUUUGAUAAUAUCCCCUUUAUCUAUCCUUUUCUGACAUCCAAACGUGGAAGUUUACGUCUACUCAUUUUACUAAUGAUGAUUAAUAACCCCCCACGAACUUCCCGGCAACCCAAGCUACGAUCCAGUUGCGAUGGGUGCGGCUCUGCAAAGCUCAAAUGCGAUCGAGGCCAGCCUGAGUGUGGACGAUGUAUAUCUCUUGGCAUUACUUGUGUCUAUGGGGUCUCGCGGAAAAUGGGUAAACCACCAAGAGAAAGGCUGCAUAUUCCAGCCAUGCUAGGCGGACCUCGCACAGCAGCAGAGCACAACAGCAAUGGAAAGGAGGGUGGAUCCGACGACAGUAGUUACAACCGUCGUGCAGGUAGUUCCAUUAGUGACACUAUCUUGCCGAGGACCAGUUCGAGUUCGAGUAUCAAUGAUAUACGCUCGACUUGGGGGGCGGUUGAGGAAUACUCCAACAAUUCUAUGACGACGAGGGUUAACAUGCUGGAUGAAUUCCGUAACGACCAAUUAGGGCCAUCAUUAACGAAUUUCUCAUCUUUGGAUACGAACGAAUGGGUUUUGACGAACAUCAUAGGGGAUGAACUCUCAUCAACUAAUCUAGAGACCGAACCAUUCCCCGCCUUGGGAUGGCCUGACCUUGAAAGUUCCCCGGCUUCAACAGGGCAAACGACGGGGGCUCAAACCCCGGCAGAUGACAGAAUAUAUCUAGACAGCCCCUUUAUGCAGCAUGACGACAUCAAGCAUCAUGAUUGCUCCCAGGAAGCGUAUGGAAUUAUGAAUAGUUUAUCUUCCCUGAAUAUCAGCAAAGCCUACUCUAGAAUUACACCACCACCAGGCACAACAACUAACUCCAUAAAUUGCGUUCCCCUCGAUUUUAUAUUACAACUUAACCGCGAAGCCAUCGAGCGGUUGGGUCGCUUGUUGAGCUGUUCUUGUGCCAACUACUCUCAUCUCGCAUUUCUUUACGCCUCGAUUAUCGGACGGAUUCUGCAUUUGUAUAGCCAAGAGGCAGGAUGCCUUAAAACAUCCUCACUAGGUCUUACACCAAAUCCGACAAUACGGCAUGGUAUGUCACCUUCUUGCUCUUCUGCUGGAUCUAUGUGCAGGUCACCGUCGUCUUGGCUAAGCGCAGGAGCUGGCACUGCGAACACAAGCGUUAGCGGCUCGAGCACACCAUCAGGCAAGCGAAAUACCACAACAGAUCUCGCUCCUACACAGAUGACUAUGGGCUGCUUUAGCAUCGACGACAAGUUAGUGCAGGCCGCCUUAAGAAUUCAGCUGUUAUUAGGCGAGAUGAAAAGGGUCGGAUUUCUUAUUGACGUAUUUACGUCUCGAAGUUCUAACGGUGCUGACGAAUCUACUUCGGGGAAUAUAGAUGAUCUGUAUAAAAGCUUGGGUUCAUGGCUAGGAAAGGAGCACUUGAGAAUAGUCGAGAUGAUGAGAGUAAGAUUAAGAGAUAUCAGCAUCUAG